UAACCCACACGAAGCACGCGAAGCACUGAAAGUGAACCUCACUUUCUCAGCUGAAAUGUAGAAAAUAAUUCUCUUAAUAUAAAAAUGAAAGUUUAAUUUCUCGCAAACAAAUUUUAUCAUACAAGUGAAAAUUCAAAAAUUAAAAACAACAACGAAUAAUUUACAUUAAAAUUUACAACAAUCAAUUUACAACAAUCUUCAAAUUUACACUAAAAAAUAUAACAUCAAAAUUAUGUUCAAAUCAUAAUUAUAAUUUUCAUUCCAUUUUCCUCGGGUAAGUAAAUAAUUUUGCAAUUUACAAGAAAAGCGUCAAUAAAAAUUCCAAAAAUUCCAAAAAAAAGCCGAAAAAAUGGACGAACUUUUGAAAAAUCUACACAGCAGUAUUGUUGCAAAACAAAAGCAAGAGAUAUUAACAAAAAAAUUCAUGACUUUUGAAAAUGAUCAACAACGAAUAUUAUUUAUGUACAAUGUCCUCGAGGAAUUUAAUAUAAUUCCAAAUGAAAAAUGUGAAAUAAAAAAUUCCACAGACUCGUGUAAAUUUCGUAAUGAAGGAAAUCAAAUUUUCACCUCAAAAAUAAUAGACGCUAAUGAUUAUAUAAAAGCAUGGGAACUCUAUUCAAAAAGUAUAGCAUUCGCAGAAAAUAAUUCCGAGGAAUUAGCACUCGCAUUUGCCAAUAGAUCAGCGGUGCUUGUUCGUUUAGAAAAAUAUUCAGAUGCUCUCAAGGACAUUGAAAUGGCAUUGAAAUUAAAUUAUCCCGAGCAUCUAAGAGGAAAAUUAUUAAUCCGUAAAACUGAAUGUCUCGCCUUCUUGAAUGAUCCACAAUUAAUGUCUGUCUAUGAUGAAUGUUUAUUUUGGCUCGACAAAAUGAAUCUCGACAAUUCUAGACGUGAAAUAUUUGAAAAUAAAUUAAUUAACGCCAAAAAAAUUUCUAUGAAAAAUGGAAGUAAUCAGAUAAAUUCUUAUCCAUGUGUGCCAAUGAUUGUGGGACAAGAGGAAAUUCCUUGUGCAACGAGUGCAUUGGCUGUGAAAUUUAAUGAUACUUUUGGAAGACAUGUGGUGACAACACGUGAUAUUGAACCUGGCGAAAUACUUGCUGUUGAAAAACCAUAUUCAAUGAUACUUACCACGGAGAAUAUGUACACACAUUGUGGACAUUGUUUGGGAAUUGCCUGGUCAAGUGUACCUUGUGAACAUUGUGUUUUUGUUGUUUAUUGUUCGGAGAAUUGUAAGGAACUUGCGUGGCAAUUGUAUCACGAUAUUGAAUGUCAAGUUACUGGAUUUUUGUUGAAUUUAGAUAUGAACAAAUUGGGACUUUUUAGUAUGAGACUGGCAAUUAUUGCUGUUAGAGAGUUUGGUAAUUUUGAGAAAUUAAGAGAUGAAUUGGUACAUGUUGAUUCUUGUCAAGAUGAAAGAACAAAAGGAUUCUCAGACAAUGGAAUACUUGAAAGUGAUAAAUACAGAAGUAUUUACAGUCUCGUUACCAAUACGGAAAAAAGAAGUUCGUCUGAUUUAUUCGGUAGAGUACUCAAUGCAUCGAUUAUUCUAUAUUUCAUUGCAAAGCGAACAUUAUUUUUUAAUCAAACGUUUGAUGGAAAUAAUUUAACAUCAAUAUCGUCAAACAAUGAUGCAAUGUUUAUUGGAGGACUUAUUUUACGUCAUCAACAAAUUAUUCCCAGUAACAUGCAUACUGUUAGCGAGGAACGUAAUUUAGAUUCUGAAGAUCGUGGAUCAGCGGCACUGCCUUUUUACAGUCUUAUUAAUCACAGUUGUGAUCCAAAUGUCGCCAGAAGUUCACUAGCCGAACAUGUUGUACUUUAUGCUCUGUAUCCAAUGGAGAAAGAUACUCAAAUAUUUGAUAAUUAUGGUUUUCACUAUGCGAUAAUGCCAAAAGCUGAAAGACGACUGAGACUAUCGAGACAAUUUCACUUUCAAUGCGAGUGUAUUCCUUGUAGGGAAAGUUGGCCAACGUAUUUUAAAUUGCCAUCUUUUCACAUUCUCAUACAGUCGAACAGCGACAAAAUGAAAAUUGAAAAUGCACUCAUUAAAUUUAACGAGUACGUAAAAUUUGCCACUGACGGGAAAAUAGACGACAAACCGUAUAUUUUAAACGAUUUGAUAAAAAUGAUAAAAGUAUUAAUGACAUACGUCACACUUCCUUGCGUUGAAGUCAACAAUGUAGUUGAAACAUUAAAACGAGUAUUCGAUUUAAAUGGAAAUAGAUUCGAAGUACCCAGUCUUAAAGUUGCGUAAACUUUUUCUUCUAUUUGCAUUUAAAAAUUUUUCUCUUCAUUUCUCAUUGUAUUUUUAUCGAAAAAAAUUUUUUUUUCUAAAGGAUAUUUCUUUUGUGAGAUGUCCCAGUCAAUUAUCGAAACUUUUCAUGUUUGUUAUAUAAAUAUAUUAAAAGACAAGUAUUAUAAAUGUUAAAUAAUAUAAAUGAAACAAUUACGAAACAAUUCAAAUCGUCCACAAAAGUGAUUCAAUUGAUUAAAAUUGAAAAAAAAUUAAAACACAGUGAAAAGCAACCAUGACAAUUAUAAUGGCCGCGAAUGUUAAAAAAUAUGAGAGAGAAAAAAAUCCAUAUCUUUAAGUGGAUAUUAUAUUUACAAAGAUGUUAAAUUCCUAAGAUGAAUAUUUAAAGGAUAAAAGAAUUAUAUUAAAAUUUAAAAAGACAACAAAA